AUGGCUGCUGAUGACAAAGUUAUCUGUGGCAGUAGGAGUGGUGGUAGUGGCAGUACCAACUGUGGUAGUAACAGUAGAAGUGGUGGUUGUAACGGUGGUAGUGACAGAAGUAGAGGUGGUGGUGAUGGUGGUAGCAGUAGUAGUGGUGAAAGUAAUAGCGGGUGUGUCGGAAGUGGCAGUGGUAGCGGUGGUGGUGGUAGUAGUUGUAGUAGUAGUAGUGGUAGUGGCAGUUGUAGUGAUGGUAUGGUGGUAUCGGCAGUGGUGAUAGUGGCAGUGGUAGAAGCAGCAACAGAGGCAGUAACUGAUAGUUGUGGUUGUUUUUGUAGUCGUGGUGAUGUCGUUGGUAGUGGUAUCGGUAGUGGUGAUG